AUGAAGCUCUACGUCAACGACAUCCUUGUGCCCUACUUCUCCCAGGCAAAGAAGGAGCUUGGCCUACCGGAGACACAGCGGUCCAUUUGGCGCAUUGAUUGCUGGUCCGUCCAUUGCAGCGAGGAGUUCUUGACGUGGAUGAAGACCAACCACACAAACAUCACCAUCAUCUUCGUCCCAAGUGGCUGCACCGGCAUAUUCCAGCCUCUCGAUGUUGGCAUCCAACGCGUUCUCAAGCACUCGAUGCGGAAAGCGGCACACAAAGACCUUGUCAAAGAGGCGUCUGAGCAGAUUGAGGCUGCCACUUCGGGCGUGAAGUUGGAUACCAGGCUGCCUGUAUUGCGGGAUUAUGCGGUCCGCUGGAUGGUUCAGGCAUAUCACGACAUCACGCCUGAGCUAAGAUAG